CUAAAUAAUAAAAAAUUUAGUAGUGUUUGACAUAUUUCACAAAAAUUUACAUUUUUUUUGUAAAAAAUAAUAAAUAAAAUUAAAAAAAUAACAAUUUUAAUAAAAAUUCUUCAUUUCUAUUUUACAACUCAAAUAAAUUCCAUGAAUUUUCCAACAAAAUGUCUGCAGCCGCUUUUGUGAUGCCUAAUGACUUGUCUGAUUUGUGUCGCGUGUGUUUGCAAUUGCCAGAGGAGUCUCAAUAUUUGGAUUUGACCACUAUAUAUGAUGAAGAUGAUCAUUUAACUUACGGUGAAUGUUUUACUAUAUGCACACAAAUCGAUUUAAGUGCCGGCGAAGGAGUGCCUCAUCAUUUGUGCAAAACUUGUGGUUUGGAACUGCAAAUGUCCUAUGAUUUUCAUAAAAAAAUUGAAGAAUCCAAAAGAGUGAUAGAACAAUGUCAAAAGCAAAUAGAAGAACAAAAAAGGAAUUCUAACACAGAUGAGUCGCAAGGACUACAUACAAAUACUAGUGGAGAAGGUCGGGAGGUGGUUCAGCUACUAAAUGAAAAAUAUGUCAUAAGUGAUGACGAGGAGGAUGUUGAUGAAGAGCGGGCGGUAUCUUCUCAGGAAAUGCAAAAUGUUAGCAUAAUGCAAUCGGAAUUCGAUACACCAGCCCAGGAGGAUGAUGAGACUGAUGAAAUGAAUAUAAUAAAUAAAAUUUGUCAUAUAGAGGAUAAAGAUACGAACACAAAUAUGGAACACAUGGAUGAACAUGAUGUGGCCGAUGAUGCUGAAGAAAUGGAUGAUUAUCAAAAUUUAGAAACACUAGAGGAUGAAGAAACGGAAACACUACAAAUAAAAUGUGGUGAAAACACAAUACCCAUACAAGUAACAAAAUACAAUACUAUUAAAUGUGGCGUAAAUGAAGAAUAUGUGGAAUAUGCUGAAGAAGAGGAAAAUGUGGUGGAUGAGGGAGUGGCGGAAUCAGAGCGGGAUAAAAUAUUAAAUGAGGAGUAUGUACAAGAACCAAAUGAUGAAGAUAUAGCGGAACAUUUAAGAUGGCAAGAUAAUGUUGUAGCUGUAGCCAGUAAAGAACAUUUACCCAUUGAAAUUGAGGAUGAUGAUGAUGAUGAUGAUGAACAGGAGGAGGGAGAUGAUGAACACGAGGCAAUAUAUGAAACAAAUGAAAAUCACAUAAUAAUUGAAGAUAGUUCACAUGAUGACAAAGUUGAAGAUGAAAAAAUUGAAACAGUCAAUAACAACGAUGGUAAUAACACUACAACACGUAAACGUCAUGUAGGUUCCUACAGCUGUGACUUUUGUCAUCGUGUCUUUCCCAACUAUUCACGCAUGAAAACUCAUCGUCGUUGUCAUGAAAAAGAUCGUCCUAAAUUCUCUUGUUCUCAAUGUGGUCGCAUGUAUGCCACCAAACAGGCCCGAGAUUGUCAUGUGCAAACGGCUCAUGAAAAAUCCGGGUUUACCUGUAGCAUUUGUAAUAAAGUUUUUGCCAUACGCAAAAGUCUAGAGAUACAUGUACGCUAUCAUACGGGUGAUUUUCCACAUGCUUGCAAUUUAUGUGAUAAAAAGUUUGCACAAGUCUGCCAUUUGAAUACCCACAUUAAUGUUAAACACAAUAAAAUACGUUUUUCCUGUGAUUAUCCGGGUUGUGGGAAGUUUUUCACCUCCUCUUCAUCGUUGCGUAAUCAUGAAUUUACUCAUGGCAUAAUGCCAUUCGAAUGUGAAUAUUGUCAGCAGGGUUAUCCGGCUAAAGCAAAGUUAAGAAUACAUAUACUACGUAAGCAUGGCAUGGACCUCAGUAAAGAUCAAUUGGAAAAUAUGCGUAAAUUUCAUGUUAUGCGUUCAAAAGUUAAUUUGGUGCAAUUUGUGGAUUCGUAGAAAGUAUAAUUCAUUAUUUUAUUUUAGUUUUCUUUUUGUAGUAUAAUAAAAAAAGAUAUUUGAAAACAAAAUUUGUUUUCUCUGUAGAAAAAAUUUGAAAAUUUUUAAAUAAAAAUGUAAAUAGCAAACCAACUUGCCUCACAGUCUUAUAACCAUUUUUAACUCUACUUAGUUUGCUUUGAUAGUGAGAGUGUUUGUUUCUAUAUGAUAGACUCA